AUGUCUGCCUCCAAUUCGACCACGAAAGACGGCGGUACUGCUCCUACAGCAGGCCGCUCACCUGAAUGGGAGCAAUUGCACCGCGAACUGCACGCGACCGGCGAUUCGAAUCGACGCCAAGUGAUGGGAGAGGAGUACGUCAACCGCAGCCUGGCCAAUGCUAGCGACUUCAUGAUGCCCAUGCAACGACUUGCGACCGAAUACGCCUGGGGUGGCAUCUGGUCUCGUCCCGGGCUUGCGUGGCGCGAUCGUAGUAUCCUCAACAUUGGCAUGCUCGCUGCUCUGGGCAGAUCGACCGAAUUGGCAGCGCACGUUCGAGGUGCGCUUAACAAUGGCCUGACGGAGCUCGAAGUUCAAGAGUGUCUGCUCCAAGUGUCAGUGUAUGUGGGGAUGCCAGCCGCGCUGGAGGCGUUUCGGGCUGCAGACAAGGCGGUGCAGGAGUGGAAGUCGAACAACGCCGCCGCCGCCGCGUCCAGCCAAAAGUAG